CCGCGAUUCACCGAUCCAUAGGACCCUGCGGAUAAGGAUUCGGAGGAGGUAAUGAUCCGCUUCCGCGCCCAGGCACGCCUUUAGGUGGGCCGGGCUUUUUAUAUGUUCGAGAACGUUGUGUUUAUACCCGGGGAAUAAUUUCAAGAUCACUCACUUAUCCUUAUGCGCAUCACCCUGCGCACCCUCUCGCGCUUCCCCACGCGCCCUCUCUAUCACCAAAAACCUUCAAUCCCCUCCGCCUUCCGGACACUCACAACAAUGACCUCCUCCACCCCCCCACCCCCGCCCUCCACCCCCUACAAACCCCGCUUCAUCGACAUCGGAAUAAACCUCACCGACCCCGUCUACAACGGCAUCCACCACGGCACCCCGCGGCACGCCCCUGACCUCCCCGCCGUCCUCUCACGCGCCCGCGACGCCGGCCUCACACACCUCCUCCUCACCGGCUCUGACCUCCCCACCUCGCACGCCGCGCUGGACUUAUGUGCAGAGCAUCCCACCCUCCUCUCCUGCACAAUCGGUGUGCACCCCUGCUCCACGCAGGCCUUCGACACGCACCCCCUUGGUCCGCAGGGUCUCCUCGACGAACUGCGCGAGUUGUUCCUCUCAGCCCCCAAAGAAGCCUUCGUCGCCAUCGGGGAAAUCGGCCUCGACUACGACCGCCUCACCCUCUCCCCCAAGGAGACACAACUCACCCAUUUCCGCACCCAACUCGACCUCGCAGCCUCUCUACCUUCUCCCCCCCCACUAUUCCUGCACUCCCGCGCCGCGCACGAGGAUUUCUUACACGAGUUGACGUUGCGUGCUGAUAAACUUCCCAAGAGGGGGGUGGUGCACAGCUUCACCGGCACCGUGGCAGAAAUGCAAGAACUCGUCGCAGCAGGCUGGGAUGUCGGUAUAAACGGCUGCAGCAUCCGCGCCGCCGAAGGCAUAGACGUCGUGCGCGCCCUCCCCCUUGAGCGGCUGCACGUCGAGACCGACGGCCCGUGGUGCGAGAUGCGACCUACUCACGCAUCCGCCGCGUUCGUAGGACCUAGUUACGACGGGCCGGGGAAGGAGGAUGAGGUAGCGAAGGAGGUGUUGGAGAGGGAGGCGGGGUAUAGGUGGGUUAAGAAGGAGAAGUGGGUCGAAGGGGCGUUGGUGAAGGGGAGGAAUGAACCGUGUUUGAUUGGACGGGUUGUGGUGGCUGUGGCGAGGAUUAAGGGGGUGAGGGUUGAGGAGGUGGCGGAGGCGGCGUGGGGGAAUUCGAGGAGGAUGUUUGGGUUCAAGGAGGAGGUGGUUUAGGGGGUUGGAGAUUGUGGCGGGGUGGUUAUGGGUGUUGGUAUAGAAGGAUAGAGGGAUAGAUUUAGAUGAAGGUGACCGUGGGCUGGAUAUGCGAGGAUAGACGCAAGCGAUAGAGUGUAUAUAGAGUACAGGCGUUACAGGCAUCUCACAUCACGGUAUAUAGACAGACAGAACACAACGAACAUAA